GCGAAAUAUUUAUUUGUGUUUGUAGCUGUCAACAAAUCAGACGCAACAAUUAGUAUUUUCAUUUAAAAAAAACAAGUUAUUUAAUUAUUUAUAUUAAUGACUCCUAAUUAUAAAUUUAAUGAAGGAGAAAGAGUUCUUUGCUUCCAUGGUCCAUUGAUCUAUGAAGCAAAGUGUUUAAAAUCAACAGUAACCAAAGAAAAACAAUUAAAAUAUCUUAUUCAUUAUGCAGGUUGGAAUAAAAAUUGGGACGAGUGGGUGCCAGAAAGUCGUGUUCUCAAAUAUAAUGAGGCAAAUGUACAAAAACAAAAAGAUGUACAAAGAGCUUAUGCUUCACAACAAACAUCUCAAAAAGGUAAAAAGGUUACGGUGGCAUCUAAAACUCAAAGUCGCAGUCGUGAGAAUGUUAAGGAUAAAGAUGCUGAAAGUAAUUCAAGUACACCAAGUUUGUUAAAUGAAAAAAUUAACAGUAGAUCGGCAAAAAAUAGUGGAUCUGUAACACCCACAUCUAAUGAUUCAUCAUCGGAUGUUCCACGAAAAAAGAAAAGUCGUUUAGAUCCUUCAAUUGAAACGGAAGAACAAUUUUUAUCUAAAGUGGAAAUUAAAGUGAAAUUGCCCGAUGAAUUGAAACCUUGGUUAGUUGAUGAUUGGGAUGCAAUUAGUAGACAAAGAAAAUUAGCAAUUUUACCAGCAAGACACACUGUGGAUCAAAUUCUCGAUGAUUAUGUUAAAUUUAAAACUUCUAGCAAAACAAAUACUCCCAAUAAAGAAGUAGCAGUUUUGGAAGUCACAAAAGGGCUAAAGGAAUAUUUUAAUGUAAUGUUGGGUACACAAUUGUUAUACAGAUGGGAACGUCAACAAUAUGGAGAAAUAAUGUCAGAAAAACCAAAUUGCACUCCAAGUCAAAUUUAUGGAUCUUUUCAUUUACUGAGACUUUUUGUAAAACUUGGCAGUAUGUUAUCUUAUACGCCAUUAGAUGAAAGAAGUAUUCAAUUACUUUUUGUUCACAUCCACGAUUUUUUAAGGUACAUGCACAAAAAUAGUAGUACGUUAUUUAGUCUUCAAGAUUAUGGAGCUGCUUGUCCGGAAUAUCAUCGUAAAUUUAAUUAACUAUUUAAACUGCUAAAUUGACUAAAUUAAUUGAUAAUCGUUUUUCUACUUUGUUUUGUUCUGUUUUUUUUUGUUUUUUAAGAAAGACUAGUUGAAAUUAAAUUUGUAAUUUUACAAUUUGACGAAAUAACUUGUUAAAUACUAUUUACAUAUAGUUUUUCUGUAGAACGUUAACUAUAAAAUGAAAAUUAGAAAUUUUAGAUAUAAGAUAUAAUUGAAAAUCUUAGAAAUAUAAAAAUUACAAAUCGUGGAAAAAACGCCUUAAUUUUGGCAAAGAAAAAGAAAAAUAGUUUAAUGUCCAUGUAAAAAUUCAUCCAAAUUUAUAAUUAUUUAUUGUAAAAAUUGUACUAAUGAACACCUUAUUCAACAAAUUUUGUAAAGAAAUGUAGGAAAAUCAAUUUCUAAUGUAUAUUAUUCUAUUUUGUCUUUUUAUAGUCUUUAUGUAAAAUGAACUUUAAAUGUGAUUUCAAUGUGUAAAGAAAUUCAAUUAUGUGCCUUCUAAAUUGUAACGCGCGUUACAGAAAACAAUUUGUUUUAAAUAAUCGUUUUUCUUAAAUAUUUCAUUUAUCCUGAAUUUAUUUUUUAAAUUUUAAUAAUAAAUUUAGUAUUUAUUAAAUAUUUUCUAUUGAGAAAAUAGAAGUUUAGAAAAAUUUGUAAUCAUCUUUCAAUCAUAUUUACUUUAAUUGUACUUUUUAUUAUUAUAAUCAUCAUCAUUAUUAUUGUCAUUAUCACUAUUAUUAUUAUUAAUAAUAAUAUUUAUCUUCCAAAUGUCAAAUAAAUAUUUCAAAGUUCUAUUGUAAUUUGUACACAGUACGUAAAUUGUAA